AUGUCGCAUCCGCAGCCUCCCCAGCGGCAGCCGUCAGCAAUCGAGACAGAACGAUACGCAAAGACGCUCCACAAUGCCGCGAUCGCAACAUUAGUUGUUUGCCCAAUCCUCGCCCUGCUGCCACCCCGAAAGCUCGACAUGUACACGAUCGGCCUUGUUGGCUUGACCGGGUACUCUGCCAAUUACCUUAUUCGCGAAUCCAGCGGAAGGUCGAUAUGGCAACAAAUUACCAGACCACAGAGACAGCCUCUUCCCAAAGAAAGCACACCCAGUGCCAGUGUCAUCGGAGAACUCCAGAAAGAAGGCAGAAAUGAUAUCGGUUCGGCAUACUAUGAGCAAGGUAGUUGGAAGGCUCAGCGGCAACGGGAGAUCAAAGAUGACGUGGAAGAGGGAAAGAGCUUUAGCGAUAUGAUUGUCGAUCAGGUGUGGUCGGUAUGGAAUCAGGGCAAGAAAAAUGAAGAGGAUGAGGAGACGUGA